GUUGUUUACAACUUUACAUUGGUUGUCGCCGAAUCCGAUACAUAAAAUAAUUUCAAAAAACAAAAUAAAAUUUCUAUGCAAAUAUAAACCUAUUUGGUUACAUCAGUUUAGAAAUUUAAUCUAGUUUUUCACUUAAAAUGGGCAAAAAGUCAACUACAGGAAAUAAAAACAAGGAAAAGCGUCAAGCCAGAAAGUUAGAACAGCGUCGUAUAGCAGAUGGGAUGUCCUUUGUAACUUCGGCGAACAAACUGAAAGAUUUGUCUCCUCUGUGCCAAGACCUGUUAGUGUACAAUAAUUUGGAGAGUAUGGAAAUAAACAUGUGCAUACAGAGGGUCACAGAACUUGAUAAAGAUGUGCUGAAUUGGGCCAUUAGUCUAACUGAAAGGAAUAUGAAAAGAUUAUAUGAGACCUGUGCCUGGGGCUGGAACAAGGAACGCAAAGUGGAAGAGAUGACAGACGACGCAGCCUGGUAUCUCAUAGCCAGGAACAACGAUAAUAUUCUUCAGGCUUUCUCGCAUUUCAGAUUUGAUAUGGACUUUGGAGAACCUGUGCUAUACUGUUACGAGGUACAAAUAGAAGAGGGAGGUCGGAGAAAAGGGCUCGGUCAAAGGGUGAUGCAGGUCCUCGAGAGAUUGGCUCGCGCGACGCACAUGCGCUGCGUCCGUCUCACCGCCCUCACACACAACCCUUCCGCCGCGGCGUUCUUCAAGGCUUGCGGGUACAGUAUAGACGAGACAAGCCCGGCCAAAGAAUACAGUGCACACUAUGAAAUAUUAAGCAAAUAUAUUGAACCAACAGAAGACCAAGUUCCUUCAACGGACUCUUCUAACAGAAUAGAAUUAUCGGGAUCUUGAGAGUUCUUCGCUUUCAGUGAGAACUGAUAAGUGACUAAAAUAAAGACUGCUUCUAUUAAUUUUUGUACUGUUGUAGUUCCAUAUGUGAAUGUCAUAAAUUAUUUUGGACACAUGAAUUGUAAAAUUCAUUAUUAGUAAAAUAUACCUGUUUACUUAUUGUGAAAAUAAUAAUAA